UCCUCGCUCGCGACUCGUCCGAAGCAGACCCAGUCUGAAUCCUAAUCUCGGUCACAGCACAGCACAGGUCGACUUGAAACUAGAAACACAAAAGACUGCAGCAGUAUUGAUCCUCGGUGAUAUCGUCCAUCGAUCUGUUUAGGAUUAGUUUAUUUUUUUGAUAACCCCCGUCGCACCACACCAGCACAAACAUGUCUUCCCGCAAAACGGCCGGCCGUCGUGGAACGACCAAGAAGCGUGCCCAGCGCGCCACCUCGAACGUUUUCGCCAUGUUCGACCAGGCCCAGAUUGCCGAGUUCAAGGAGGCCUUCAACAUGAUCGACCAGAACCGGGACGGCUUCAUCGAGAAGGAAGACCUGCACGACAUGCUGGCCUCGCUCGGUAAGAACCCGACCGAGGACUACCUGGAGGGGAUGAUGAACGAAGCGCCCGGGCCGAUCAACUUCACCAUGUUCCUGACGCUGUUCGGCGAACGGCUGCAGGGAACCGAUCCGGAGGAUGUUAUUAAGAACGCAUUCGGAUGCUUUGACGAGGACAACACCGGUAUGAUCAACGAGGAGCGCCUGCGGGAACUGUUGACCACGAUGGGCGAUCGGUUUACCGACGAGGAUGUGGACGAGAUGUUCCGCGAGGCGCCGAUCAAGAAUACCAUGUUCGACUACAUUGAGUUCACCAGAAUCCUGAAGCACGGCGCCAAGGACAAGGACGAACAGUAAUCUAUUGUUUGAUUUCAUUAUUUCGUGUUUUUGGAUCCGGUCUUUCUGUUUCCGUGUAUAAUCCAUGUUUAGAUAGUAGUUAUCUCAUAUCUUUCCAAUUAUUUCGUCGCAAUCUUUCCAACUUUUUCUUGUGUUCUAAUUGGAGUUCAAACGUCAGUAUUCUUUAUCGAAAAAAUAGCAUUUAUCCUUCCGUUUUUUUGUCCUUUUGCAAUCGUGAGUAUCCAAGUAUAGUGCGAAUCGAAGAAAUUUUGAAAACUAAAUUGUUUUGCAAACCAGAAUAUAUAUCUCUUAUUGAAUCGCAAGCAACAUUUUUGAAUAUAUAUUACAAUACUAUAAAAAGGA